AUGAAACUCUCCUCCCUCUUCCUCCUCCCCACCCUCCUAGCCACCACAGCCUUCUGUGCCCCCGAACCCAUCCCCAACGUGAACCUCAAUGACAACAACCUCGCCGCUCUCGCGCAAGCCUUAAAACCCUCCCUCCCAACACCAACCCAACCCGUUCCCAACCUAGAAAGCGUAUCCCCUCCACCACACGCCGUCGUGCACCAAGUCAUCACAGCCGUUCCUCCCACAGCACUCGCGCAGCUGUUCGUGCCCGCGAAGCGCGUCGCGUUGGCGAGUGAGUUCAGCGCUGGCAAUACGCCCGAGUGGUAUAAGGCGCUGCCGACGGAUGUGCAGAGUUAUUUUGCCGAGGUGAAGAGGCAGAUUGCGGCGACAGGGGUGGGUGAGGCGAAGGCUGCGGAGGAGAAGAAGUCGAGUGGUGGUGGGAAGGUGUGGUAA